GUUUUUUGACGGUUCGGACGGUCGCAGUUCUGAUCUUUAAGAAUGCUGCUCUGUUCGACAGCAGAAGCAACUGCGACUGCAUUCGUGAUUGGAUCAAAGUUCCCGACCUCGUCCAAUCAGCGCGCCCCACUGCGAACCGUCUGCAUCCUCUCGACCAAUCAGAUCCCGGAGCGCUGCCGGGGCCGAGGAAGGCUCCGCUCCUCUUCACGGUGUCUUCUCACUUUCAACCGAGUGUCAACAAACAGCAGCAUCAUUUACUCCAAACUGGCAGUCGAACGCGGCAGCGCUGGAGAACCGGACCAAAGCUACCGGAAGAGGCUUCUUUAACGACCCACCCGAACCGCAGCUCCUCACCUUAAAAGGUGAAACUGGACUCCGCAGAGGGACCCGGCUGUCCCGGGACACUGCUGUCUAGCCUGGCUACCCGAGGGUAACUUCCAGAGAGCUGUUUCUCCUGGCGCUGCAGGUCGGUGCUGCUGGAGCGGGCUGUGCGCGCGGCGGCGGCGGCGGGGCGGAGGCGGGAUGACUGCCUUAGCGGGGUCAGUACCCAGGAUGAUGCGACCCACGCUGGCCCAGAACUACCCCCGCAGCGGCUUCCCCCUGGAAGUGUCCACCCCGCUGGGUCAAGGCCGAGUCAACCAGCUCGGAGGAGUUUUCAUCAACGGCAGACCUUUGCCUAACCAUAUCCGACACAAAAUUGUGGAGAUGGCCCACCACGGGAUCCGGCCGUGCGUCAUUUCCCGACAGCUCCGGGUUUCCCAUGGUUGCGUGUCCAAAAUCCUGUGCCGGUACCAGGAGACGGGUUCUAUCCGACCCGGAGCCAUCGGAGGCAGCAAACCCAAGCAGGGAACCCCACCGGACGUGGAGCGGAGAAUAGAAGAGUACAAGCAGGAACACCCGGGUAUGUUUAGCUGGGAGAUUCGGGAUAAAUUACUGAAGGAUGGGAUGUGUGACCGCAACAACGUUCCUUCAGUGAGCUCCAUCAGUCGCAUGAUGCGGAGUAAGUUUGGGGGGAAAGGCGAUGAUGAGGAAGAUGAAGAGGAGAUGGAGAAGAAAGAGCAGGAGGACAGCGAGCGGAGGACCAAACACAGCAUCGAAGGGAUCCUAGGAGACAGAUCCAGCCAUUCAGAUGAUGGUUCGGAUGUGGAGUCAGAACCAGAUCUGCCCCUGAAGAGAAAGCAGCGGCGCAGUCGGACCACCUUUACGGCGGAGCAGCUGGACGAGCUGGAGAGGGCCUUUGAGAGGACACACUAUCCUGACAUCUACACCAGGGAGGAGCUGGCUCAGAGGGCCAAGCUCACUGAAGCCAGGGUGCAGGUUUGGUUUAGCAACAGAAGAGCGAGAUGGAGGAAGCAAGCAGGAGCCAAUCAAAUGAUGGCAUUCAACCACCUGAUCCCAGGAGGUUUCCCAGCCUCAGCCAUGUCCAGCAUCCCACCCUACCAGCUCUCUGACAGCACCUACUCAACCUCAUCCAUUGCACAAGUGUCGGAGCCACCCAGCACAGUGCACCGUCCCCAACCUCUGCCCCCCUCCUCCAGCCACCAGGCCUCUGCUGGUGGAGGUCAGGGAGAAGGAGCCUCUGCUUACUGCCUCUCUUCUGGACGCCACUCCUUCUCAGGUUAUUCAGACAGCUUUGUGAGCCCUGGAGGACCAACCAAUCCCAUCAACCCUGCUAUAGGAAAUGGACUUUCUCCACAGGUGAUGGGUCUCCUGAACCACGGUGGGGUUCCACAUCAACCCCAAAGCGAUUACGCCAUCUCCCCCCUGACGGGCGGCCUGGAACCCCCCGCUGGCAUGGCUGCCAGCUGCAGUCAGCGUAUGGACCACAUCAAGGGCUUGGAGGGUCUCACCAGUGUACCGUCCAUGUCGGCUCUACCCUCCCUGCCCAGCUCGCAGUCUUACUGCCCCCCGUCGUACGGCUCGCAGGGCUACACCGUAGACCAUGUGGCGUCCUACCAGUACAGCCAGUACGCACAAAGUAAGGUGCCCUUCCUUAUCUGAGGCCUGAAAUCACCUGACCAGCAGCUCCGCUCUUCACAAAGGGACGUGUGUUUGCAUGCUGACGUAAAAAGCCAUCAUGUCUGGACCAAAUUUCGGCGUGGUGGAUCAGCACACAACCUCUGCCGCAGGAUAAAAAAAAAUACAAGGGAUCACAAGAAGGAAAAAGAGGAGCAAGAACUACAAAUUGACUGUGAAUGUUGCUGUUAGUUUUGUAAAUGAGAUUCCAGCGCUUACUGAGCUCAUCUUUGGGGCGUGACCAUCUACUGUGCCACAAAGAGGCACUUUCCCCAGUGACCCCAAAGCGGCUCUGCUUUGCAAAGACAAUAAACCCAAACCUGUCGCCCCAUAGGAGAGCCGACAGUGAUGUGUUUACAUGUGGAAACACCACAGUAAAUUCCGGAUAACUUCAGCAUCAUUCCAGACUGAAGACAAACAAAAAAAGGGCUUUUUGUUGCUUCAUGACUUUUAUUUAAGACUCCAACGUUCCACACAUGAGGAGAAAUUCCAGAAAGAAGGAAAACAAACGUAAGCUGAUGAGUCUGCAGCUUUUAUUGUGUCUAAUGUACACCCCAGCUGUUCUGUAGAGAGGGAUCAUCCAAACAUUCUUCCCCCUUCAGGCUAUGCUCCAGCCUCUCGGCCCUUUUGGCUCAUUCAUGUCCCGGACGGUGAGGCAAAGAUCCCAGCCUUUUGUGGCUCUUCGGGCAGCUCAGAGGAGGUCAAAGGCUGCCUUUAGGGAGAGUGACAGAUGAGAGAACAGCAGUGGAGGGCGGCGAGGAAGAGGGGGGGACAAGCAAGAUUAAUCACAACAUGAAAAAAAGUCUUUAAAGGUCUUCUCGGCUAGAAGAAGCCAACGGGUCACAAGUCACGACUGAGAGACACUUGAGAUCCAAGAGGAGGUCAAAGACUGCCCAGUUGCCCACCUGAGCAGAAGUGCAAUAUCACCGUCAACAAAAGAAAUCCUCAGAAAAAGAAAUUAAAACAAACAUUCCUCUGAAUAUUUACAAAAGAGGAAAAACAACAACCUUCACAUCCCAUGAGAAAGUAGAAGCCAGGAAACCUCCACCAGGAGAACAGAAUACAAAGACAGAAUAAUAAAUCCAAUUCUGACUUUGUCCUCUUUUUGGGACUUUUUAUUUACAGGAGAUCUGUGGGGGUGGGGGUGCGGGGGUUCUGUUGUAUUCAUGUGUGCCGUCACACCAUGUCUGUAUGGGUGUUCUUACAAUUACACUUCAUCUGUGGGGGUGUUCCUGCUGUUAGAUUGCAUCUGUGGGAGAGUUCCUACAGUUAGAUUACAUCUGUGCAGGUUUUACUGAUGUUAUGUUGCAUCUGUGGGGCUGUUCCUAACUGUUACACUGCGUCUGUGGGGGUGUUUCUAUUGUUACACGCAUCUGUAGGGGUGUUUCUGCCAUAACACUGCAUCUACAGGGGUGUUCCCACCGUUACACUGCAUCUGUAGGGGUGUUUCUACCAUUGCACCGCAUCUGUAAGGGUAGUCCCAUUGUUAAACGAAUUUGUAGGGGUGUUUUUUUCAUAACACCACAUGUAAAGGGGUGUUCCUCCCGUUACAGUGUGUCUGUGGGGUUGUUCCUACCAUUACACCAAGUCUAUGGGAGCGUUUCUAUUGUUUCACGCAUCUGUGGGGUUGUUCGUACCACGAAAUUGUGUUUGUGGGGGUGUUCCAAUUGUUACACCGGGUCUUUGGGGGUUUCCUACCAGUUGACUGCAUCUGUUUGGGUGCUCCUACAUUACAUUGUGUCUGUGUUCUUACCAUUACACUGCGUCAUUGGGGGUGUUCCUCCUGCUACACCAAAUUUAUGAGGGUGUCCAUUGCAUCUAUGGGGAUUUAUCUAACCAAUUUUGUUAGGAGUGUCCCUACUGUGACACUUUUUUACAGCUGGGCGACAGCAUGCAGAAAGAAUUCACCCAUCAGCCAGGGGUUGGUCUCCUCCCUCCAUUUCCCUGAUAUAUUUUUUGUAUUCUUUGAAGAAGCGACGUGACGUAACGUCAUGUGUAUACGCGCAUUAUCAUUGCUAUUUAUGAUCUAAUAAAAGCUCUUAAAACGUU